AGACUUUCUAUAAUUUAAAAUUAAAAAUGAGCCAAAUUGAUGCAGAUGUAAAUCUUUACUUUGUUAUAUCAAACGAACACAAAUCCGAAGAUGAUUGUAAUGAUGAUAUGUGGCAUGCAUACAAUAAAUGUUGUGAACUUGAUUUGCAACCAAUUUGGAUGAAUGAAAAAGAAUGUAGUAAAAUAAAACCUAACAAAAAUGAUGUCUUUGUAAUGGAAAAAUUUGGAGGUGACACAUUUAAUAAAUUAAAAACAUUUAAAUGUCUCAUAGUUGGACCAAAAUGUUUGUUACUUUGUUUGAUUAAUGGGGAACCAGUCCCAGAUGGAACAAGUCCAAUGUUUACAACAGUAAUGAGAGGUCUUUGUAUAUGUGCUUCUGGAUUAUCUCCAGAAGAAAAGGAUCAUGUUCAAAAAUUAAUAGAGUAUAUGGGAGGAAUUUUUACAAGACAGUUACGUAAUCCUGUAACACAUCUUGUAACAUCAUCUGUCAUGUCUGCUAAAUAUGAGGCAGCACUAGAUAUGAAAAUACCAAUAGUUACAAAAGAAUGGGUUGAAGCAAUUUGGGAGGAGAAUUUAAAAAGCUUUGUUACACCAAAUGACAGUAUGUUUAAUAAAUAUAAAGCUUCUGUAUUUCUUAACUUAGUUGUAACAUCAACAAAUCUUCCAAAACGUCAAAAGGAAGAAAUUAAACGUUUAAUUAAUAGUAAUGGAGGGAUAUUUAUGGGUCCUCUAGAUGGUACAAAAGUUAAAGUUGUACUUGCACCAGAAAAUAGUCCAAUAAGUGAAAAACUCAAAUAUGCAAAACAAACAAAUAUUGCUUGUUUAACACCAGAUUGGGUAUAUGAGAGUAUAAAAGUUGGCUAUGCCUUACCUUUUAAAAACUAUCUAAUUAAGUCAUUAAAGGCAUCUUCUACUCCAGAAAAAUCAAACGUAUGUCCAAGCUUUAAUUGUUCUGCAAUAAGUUCCAUAAUGUGUGAUAUUCAGCAAGAACGUUAUAUAGAUGAAAGCUCAGUAACAACAAUAAACAAUGCUUCUACGUUGGAUCAUUUAUGCAACAAUGCUUCUACUAUUUCUACAGUUAUUACAAUUUUGAAUAGACUUACAUUUGCUGAAGCAAAAUCGGCUGGUCCGUUUUUGGAUGGUUGCAAUAUUUAUCUAGCUGGAUUCGCUCCUAAUCAAAAGGAUAAACUUAACAAAAUAUUGAAUGUUGGUAGUGCAACUCGACUGGAUGAUAUAACUGAUGCUCUAACGCAUGUUAUCGUCGGAGACGAAAAUAGAGCAGCUAAUGAACUAAAAUUAAUGAAAUCAAAAGGACUAUGUCCAUAUAUAUUAACACUGGAAUGGUUGGAAGAAAGUAUCAAAUUAAAACGACCUGCGCCAGAAGAAAAUUUCUUAUGUGAACAAAAGUAUAAUGCAGUUCAAAAAAUUACAGAACCUCCGUCUCCGUUAAGCAAGAAGAACUUACAGAUGCUACAAAAACCGAAGAAAGUCUCUGUACCAUCAUUUGACAUGGAUCGAAAGUUGGCAAUGUUAGAAAAAGAAAAAGAAUCAUCUGAUCUUCUUCAACAGUAUCUACAAGAUACAGUUGUUGAAACAAAUGAUAAAACAAUACAAGAAUUUUUAAAGCCGCAUACACCUAUUUCGGAUAAAAAUAAUGAUGAAACUAUAAUUGAUGAAAGAAAAAGUCAAAGAAAAUAUUUGAAAGAAUCUGUAACACCUCUACAAAACAGAUAUUCAACAAAUGAUAGUGAAAUACCAAUUAGUCAAACCUCUGCUGUAAAUGAUAAAUUAUUUGAAGGCCUGACAUUUGUUGUAACUGGCUUCAGUGAAGAAGAUGGUUUUGUAGCUGAAACUAUUGCAACAAUGAAUGGAAAAGUAGUUUCAACUACGUUUGCUGGUAUUCCAGAUUACGGUGUUGUGCCAAAAUGUGGCGCACCUUUAAAACAUACAGUAAAUGAAAUUGUUACUGAUUUGUUUAUUGAAGAUUGUAUAAAUCAAGAAAAAAUAGUUGAAAUUAUGUAUUAUCAUAGACCUCUAUCUAUAAAGAAACAUUCUAAUCCAUUAUCAGACUGUAUCAUUACAAUGAGUACAUAUGUAGGAGCAGAACGAACGUAUCUUGUAACAUUAGCUGCGGAAUUGGGUGCUAUGUGUCAAGAUAUUUUUGUUCGUAAAACUAAUCUUGAAAAAAAUAUAUAUAGAAGUACACAUUUAGUUUGUCCAACACCUGAAGGAAACAAAUAUAAUGCUGCAGUGAAGUGGAAAUUACCAGCUGUUACUGCAGAAUGGUUAAAAACCUGUGCAGCUCAAUUAAAAUGCGUUGACGAAACACCAUUUCUUGUAGGAGAAACCAUAGCUCCUAAAAGGCUAAUUGAAACUAAUGAAGCAGAUGUGAGUUUACUUAAAACUAACUCAAAUCAAAUGGAUCUUCCAACUGAAUCAGCAACUAGGAAUAUUAUUACUCCAAAACGCCAUUUAGUCAAUUUACAAAGUCAAAAUAGCAGUUCCAGUGAUACACCAUUAAUAAAUAAAAGACUUAGUUUACUUAUGAACAAAACUUCUCAAUCACCGUUUCAUGUGGCUACACCAGAAACGCCAUAUGGUCAAGUAUUUAAGCCCAAUCCUUCGCCAGAUACAAGAAAAGGUUGGAUAAAAUGGGUUGAUAAUCUUCCAGAUUUAAGAGUAGAAGAACCUCCUUUGAAGAGAAGAGCACUUAGUACACCUCUUUCAGACCUUAAAAAACAGUUAUGGAAGAAGUUAAAAAGUGAGAAUUGUAAUUUAGAGAAUAAUGCAGAAGAGACGUUAUCUGCUAACAAUAAUCACUCACUAGCAACACCAGAAGCAACAAAGAAUGAUAGUAAAAUAACCGCCGCUACUACUCCCAUUAGUAGAAAAUUAGAAUUCACAGAUGAACUGCUACCAAAUAAUGAAAUUAACAUGCAAAUUGCACAAUUAGACCAAGUACUUCAAAGAGCGUCAAGUACUCCCGAAAAUAGGUACUCUCUUUCCGGAGAAAAUGCAAACACAUACAGUGCCGAAUCUACCGAUCCCAUACAAAAAUUUAUUGCAAAAGAUUCUCAACCUGUCGAUGCUAUUGUAUGGGAAGAUCCCAGCCAUUCAAAACGGUUGACAAUGCGUGAAGAACAAAAUGAAAGUAUAGCACACGAAGAACAUACUACAAACAAUGAUGAAGAAUUCUUAGAAAAAGAAACUGAACCGAAAAAAAAGAAACCAAAAUUCAUGUUAUCGGGCGUAAAGGGUAAAAUAGCAUAUGAACAAGUUAUAAAAAAUCUUGGUGGUGAUGUAUCCUUAGAUAUUAGUUUUGAUACAAGUGCAACGCAUUUACUUUGCAUUAGACUGUCAAGAAAUGAAAAAAUGCUUGGGAGUAUAGCAUCUGGAAAGUGGAUUCUACAUUGCAUUUAUUUACGAGACUGUGAACGAGAAGGAAAAUUCCUUGAUGAAGAAAAAUAUGAGUGGGGAAAUCCAAAAAGUAAAGGCAUCAUACCAGAUCCAAUUAGCGAAGUUGAAGAAACAAUCGCAGCAGCUGCAUAUAAAUGGAGGCUUAAAUUAUUAAAAGAACCGAACGGACCGUUUUACAAUAUGAUUGCUUUAUUAUUAGUUUCUGAGGAUAAGCACGAUCAGUUUAAAAGAUUAAUUGAAGCUGGAGGUGGUAAAGUUGUUCAAGCACGACCACCAUAUGAUACAAGUCCGACUGGAAAGAAGAUUACUCAUUGUUUCGUGAAUUUAAAACAAGUUAGUCAACCGAUUGAUUGGGCAAUGCUGGCUAGUAAAGGUAUUCUCUGCUUUAUGCCGCAAUAUUUGAGCGAUUAUCUUACUGCACAAACCCCAUUAAAUCCACGAGAAUGUAUAAUUCCAGAAUUUAAAAAGUAUUUAACAUUAUUGCCGAAAUGAAACGAUAAUAAAUGAUGCCUCUAAAAACUUUGUAUAAUAGUACUAACAAAUAUAUAUCUGUACAUACUUGUCUUACUUUAUUAAAUAUACUUGUCUUAUUUUA